AUGGUGAAAAUCGGCGGUGCGAGAUUGGAGGACGUGUCGCCGUUCUUCCAUCUCCCGAUUGAGGAGGCGGCGCGCGAGCUAGGCGUGUGCUCCAGCGCGCUCAAGCGGCGCUGCCGGCGGCUGGGCAUCAAGCGAUGGCCGUUCCGCAAGGUGCGCAGCAUGAGCAACUCAUUAUCGCGUACGAUGGAAGGCAUGUGCAACGUGGGCGCGGGCGGGAUCGUCCCGCCGGAGUACCUCCAACCGGACGCCGCCACGCGUCUCGCGGCACAGGUGGCCGCGGCGAAUCUAAUCAACCUGGACCAGACGCGCCGCCCGCUUCUGCCGCCCAUGAACCGCCCGCUCAUGGGCGGUCGGGGGGCGGCUGGUGCAGCAGCGCCCGCGGCGGGGGGAGACGCGGGGACGGGCACGGGUGGGAUGGUUGCGCAGAUGGGGGGAAGCGCGGGUGGUGGUGGCGGAAGCGGAGGGGUGGAUGGGGAAGGCGAUGAGAAUCAGGAAGCGGGAGCAAUUGUGCUUCACAUGGGUGACUCUCCUGUACUCGCUUGGGAGUCACCCGAUAAGUGUGACGAGCAGAACCCGUGGGAAGGAGGAGGAGGCGGGAUGGAGGACGGUUUUCGUGGCGCUGAGGCGGUGAUGCGUCAGAACGCUGUUGGGGAAGGAGGCCCGUCGCUGAUGCUAUCGGUGAUUCGGCACGCCGCCGCCAGCAGAGCCGAAGCCGACAAGGAGGCACCACACCAUCCCUCCCCUCCCUCCCACGCUGAAUCCUAUUCCAUUUUCCUCCAAUCAUACUGCCGCCACUGCCACUACAGCUACCCCCACCCCUGGCAAUCCCGCUCCUGCCUUCCCUCCUUUCCCCGCUCCCUUCGCUCACGCUCCUCUCUCCCUCCCACCGCCUCCCUCUUCUCUCCCCCCUCUCCGCUCCUCCUCCUCCUUGGAGCCUCCCAGUCGCCUGCUCCACAUAGACCACUCGCGAUUGGUGCUGCCGCCGCCCUGUGCUGA